UUGGUUUCUCUACUGCGUUGCCCACUCCAGUCAGCAGAUGGCGAUGUGCGUCUUUCAGGUUCACGCGACGCUGCCAGUGUGACGUAUAAUCUAGUGGACGGGACGCUCCUUCAACAACAACAGCUAGUCAGACACCUCGGUAGUUUUCUUGCUAACAUAGCUACAACAUUCACACUCUUUACACUGUUUUGGUGUAUAUUAGUCGCUGUGUAUUAAACAUUUCUGUCGUAUGUACUUUUUGGCCCAUUUCAUUAUAUAUUUACGUUGUUUGUCAGCUAGCUGGUUUGCUAAGUUAGCUUAGAACGAGGCUAGUCGCUAAUGAUAGCUAGCUAACAUCCCCGACCAUGAGUUCACUAAGCUUCUCUCCUGAUAAAGAAGAUGAGGUCUGCUGGACGGAUGAAGAAGCUUUCGUCAAAGAGGAGGAGGAAGAGGAGGAUGUUACAAUACAAAAACAAGUAGAGGCUGUUACCGUGAAAGAAGAAGAGAAAGACGUUUCAGUGAAAGAAGAGGAAGACUCGUUCAGAGUGAAAGAGGAGGAGGAUGUUACAGUAAAAGAAGAGGAGGCAGAGAAAGAGGAUGCAGUUUUUGUAGUGAAAGAGGAGGGGAAGAUGACUGUCACAUUGAAGGAAGAAGAGGAGGUUGAAGAUAAGUUUAACACCAGAGAGAGAAGUGACUAUCGAGGAUCCUCUGGGGAGCCUCAACAACCUCAUGAUGCGGACGAGGCAAAGAAAAGUCUCUCCAGAUCAAAACACCUCAAGACACACCAGCAGAGACCCACAAGGAAGAAAACUCAUCGCUGCUCUGACUGUGGGAAGAGUUUUGUUUCUUCAGGACAUUUAAAAUCACACCAGAGAACACACAUGGGAGUAAAACCUUAUAGCUGUGCUCAAUGUGGGAAGAGAUGCACUCAGUCAACAGACCUUAAAAAACAUGAGAGAAUACAUACAGGAGAGAAACCUUAUAGUUGCUCUGACUGUGGAAAGAGUUUUGUUUUUUCAGGGCAGUUAAAAUCGCACCAGAGAACACACACGGGAGAGAAACCUUAUAGCUGUGCUCAAUGUGGGAAAAGAUUCACUCAGUCAACAGACCUUAAAAAACAUGAGAGAAUACAUACAGGAGAGAAAUCUUAUAGCUGCUCUGACUGUGGACAGAGUUUUGCUUAUUCAGGACAGUUAAGAUUACACCAGAGAGCACACACGGGAGAGAAUCCUUAUAGGUGCGCUCAAUGUGGGGGGAGUUUUACUCAGUCAAGCAGCUUGAUAGUACACCAGAGAACACACACCGGAGAGAAACCUCAUAGCUGUGAUCAAUGUGGGAAGCGUUUUGUUACAUCAAGCACUCUGACUACACACCAGAGAACACACACGGGAGAGAAACCUUAUAGCUGUAAUCAAUGUGGGAAGAGUUUUUCUCAGCCAAAUGGCCUGAUAGUUCACCAACGAGUACACACAGGAGAAAAACCUCAUAGCUGUGAUCAAUGUGACAAGAGAUACUCUGAUAAAAGAUCUCUGAUCAAACAUUGGAAAAUACAUACAUGAAGGAGUUGUUCAUGAUAUCAAUGAAUUAAUGUCUCAAUGUAGAAUGUAAAUUUAAAUGCAUCACUCCCAGAUGUAGCUGACUGUCUUCUGCAGGUUGUCCUCUAAUCAGUGAGGUAGAAUAUAUCUCCCAUUUCCAUAUGUUUUUUUUAAGUUGUGUUAGUUUCAACAGCACAUACAACUGGAUUUCCCCCUAAUUGAUAUCAGUGAUUUAUUGUGAUUUAUGCAGCCAACUGACAAUUUUUGGGUACAAUUAUAUUAACAUUGUUGCCCUGACUAGAAUAUCAGGUUCAUGUAUCAGGUUCAUUCUUAGAUGUGCCAACCCAAAUGUACAAGAGCAUGACAUUGGGGACUGGGCCCCGAUCCAACAACAUGUCUAUCGAGUGAACCCUGAAAAGAGAGAGAAGCUCUGCAGUUAUUUGAAAAGUUACUGCGGAUAUUGCAGGAGUUUCCUCUUGAAAUCAGACAUGUUCGUGGUAAGGACAACUCGAUUGCUGAUUGUCUCAAGGGUGGGCAGUCAAAAAGAUUAGUAUUUUAUGUUCCAAGGGGACAAGAGUUCUAGAAGCUAGUGAGUUUUAGGAAGACGAGAGUUCUAGAAGCUAGUGGGGAAAA